AUGCCAACACCCACACCGCUGGCAUCUUCACCGCGAACAGUCUACGAUAUUGUGAAGUCACACAUACAUCUCCCCAUCAACCGCGACUACAAUGCCCUGAAGCGCGUGCUGCGCGAUUGGCUGGCCUACACCACGCGCACACCGUUGCAGGAAAAACCGACCUUCUCAGCGGAGCUGGUCAUCACUGUUACCCGUUUGCCACCCGCGUCUCUGAGUGCUGUAGCACAAGGUCCGGGUGGCAUCAGCGGAGCCACGCUUGGCCAGGCGCGUUCGACGCGAAGAGCAGGUCGUCGGUGGGCAUUGUGGGGCACACGGGCGGGCUACGAUGACACUGGCGGCUCUGCCUUGGCCGAGGAGGCGACCGAUGCGGCUUCCUUUUCUGCGCCCACCAUCCCUCCCUACGUGUACCGCAAAGUUGUGCCUCUCCACGUGUGGACGGCGGUGCUGCCUUGGGAAAUGCAGCGCGGGCUGUCCUUCAGCGAUAUGAGGCUGCCCGCAAACGCGUUAUCGUCGCGUGGUGACGCGUCAGGGGUGACUGCGCUCUCUGCUAAGGCAGCCGCAGAAGAAGCCUCGCACCACGGAAGUGGCGCGAUGGCCCCAGCAGCCGGAGCAGCGGCGGAUCCGCAGGCGCCAUCCGAUAUGCCGGUGCGGUCACCACAGCAGCGGCAGCUGGGGGCAGUCGAGGAUGCUGAGGAAGAGGACCCUUACGGGGUUGUCACGCCAUCCAUCGCCUCCUUCAAGGGCAACAGUGCGAGUGUGGCGGCAGCGUUUGCGCGCACUCCGCUCCGUGCUGCGACCACCGCCACAGCAACAGCAGCGGUAUCCUCCUUGUCCAUCACACCCCCUGCGCCUGCCAUGUUGUUCCUCACCGAUAUGCGCUCUACCAAAGCUUACGGCAUCGGCUUCUGGAGUGGGGCGAUCUGCCAAGCCAUCGAUGUCCUCUUCGUUGGACCGACACUGCCUAGCUCGGUUGGCGGGGCCUCCGCAUCGUUUCGGCAACUUCGCCAGCAAGACGGUUUAGCGCUGGUGAUGGACAAUAAAAUCUCCAGUGACGUCCUUCAUCGCUUCUUCCCAUUGCACGAGAUACGAUCCCCAUUGUCGUCCGCGGCAUCGGCCUCAUCUGCCACCUUCCGUGUCCACUCCUUUGGGCACCUGGACCCGUUGCCACCGUCGCUCCACCCAUCCCGACUCGGCGUCGACGAUUGGCAGGAGGCAUACCGCGGGCUGUCCUUCACCGUGGCACCGGACGCGCCGUACAACACUCCAGAGGAAGCGCCACGAUAUGUGUUUGAGGUGCCGCGGCACACGCUGCGAACUGCCGUGGUGGCGGCACUGGAGGAAAGUCGCAGCGCUCAUCAAGAGCAGCUGCGCACCAGCGCUGCACGAGGAGGCUUUCUCGGAAAAGGUGCGACGGCCAUCUGUGAUCGAGACGUGACCAGCAGCAAGCUGUGUGGGCAGGCAGACGACGAUGCCGCCAUCGACCUUGUCGUGAACAUGUCGGAGCAGCUGCGCGCCGACCUCUUCGCCAAGGCGCAGCUCUGCGUGGAGUACGUGUCGUCUCUGGAGGAAGCCAUUGCCCACUACGCACGGAAGCUCAACACGGAAGCUGCGGCCGCUGCAGAAGUGCCACUGGACGAAAGGUCCCCUAACCACGCUGACUCUAGCACUGGGAAUGGAAGGCGCAUGAAGGUGUGGCUAUCCGAGCACGAGUUCCGCUGGAUGACACCAGAGGAGCUGAAACAUACCUCUGCAGUUGGAGAGACGACCGAGCAGCAGGCACACGAGAGCUCCCCGAUGCACGUGGCCGAAGAAGAGGUCUUUCAAGGGCAGGAGGACAAAGCGGCCGCGACGUCACAGAUGAGAAACGACAGCUUCGCUUCUGCUCACGCGAUGACUGAAGCAACGACACGAGACACCGCCGCGUCGCUCUUCUCUCGAGCAAACGCCAGCGUGCCUCCCGUCGCUGCGUGCGCCAUGGAGACACAGCCAGCUCAGCUGGAGGCCGUCAGCGCGGCUCGCAGCAUCAGCCUGCAGUCACCCAUCCUGCGGGAUGAAGAAGAGGGCCGCCCUUCGUAUCUCGCCCCGUCGUUUAUCGGCCGUCACGAGGCGCCCGCCCUGCAGAACAGCGCCAUCGUUCUGAGCGCCGACAAGCUCGCUCGCUAUCCUCGCACACACUCCCACAUGCCGGAGCUGCCGCCAGUGGACUACGAGCUGUACGAGCUGUGCAUGCGUCUUGGGGUUGGGCAGCAGUCAGUUCUGUAUCACUACCACGAGCGCAUCCUACAUGAGUGGCGCCGUGAGCUGCAUCACCGCCGGCAGCAGCAGCAGACUGGCGUCGUACCAGAACCCGCACAUGUAACAGCCCCGUCGCGUUUGGCUGAGGAAGAUGUGCAGCGCAUGGUGGACCUCGUGCGAGACCGAAGCCUGCAGCUGCCCUCCGACAUGGUCUCUCUUGUGGAGGCCGUAGCUGCAGCGGUGUGA